AUGUCUCUUCGAAAGCAGUCAACUCCUGCUCCAGAUUCUUCCACAGAGACGACACCACUUCUCUGGGCCAAUCCUCAAGAGGCUCCCCCUGCUGUUAACCUUACCGAGGACUCAUCACCACCUGUGGACCAUGUGGGUGCCGCCCGGGACGCCGGCACGCCAAGACCAAUAAGACUUGGCUUGAUAGCUCUGGUACUUCUUUGUAUAAGUGCUAUAUCUAUUGGCAUCCUGUUGGUGGUUUUUUUUGCUCCCGCGGCUGCUACUCGGUAUGCCAAAGAAGCUGUUGUCCUCGAUAUCGCUCGUCUCUCCAUCGACUCCUUUACCGAUAAAGGGGCGAAGAUUCGCAUACAGGCUACAAUUCAGAUUGACGCUAGCCGUGUCCAAAAUCGAGCUGUACGGAGCUUAGGGCUUACAGGAACUUGGAUUGUCAGCAGGAUAUCGACAGAUGCGACCCAAGUUGAAGUUUAUUUACCUGACUAUGAUGGCGGUCUCCUUGGUACAGCAAGUGCCCCGCCAAUGAUAAUCGCUGUUAAGAAUGGCCAAAUCACGAAGCUGGACUUCGUGUCCGACGUCAAACUAGGCUCUCCAGAUGCUAUUCGGGACCUAGCCAACGAUUAUCUUGUUGGGGGAUUAAGGAAGAUCAGGGUGCUUGGUGUAGCUGAUUUAAUGUUGAAGUCGGGCCUGCUUCACUUGGGGACUCAGAAAAUAUCCGCAGAGAUGGCCUUUGAAGGUUCCAUAUACAAGCAAUAAAAUACCCCGGUCAAUAGACUGACAUCGUCAACCAGAACUGCCUUCUCUACCUGAGUUCCAGGUUAAUCGGAUGGAUAUUGGAGAAAUAACUCUUCCAGAACAGAAAGCGCUCAGUGUCAAUUUCUCUGCCGUUGUGCAGAACCCUUAUCCAGUGGAAUUCGAUGUACCACCUCUAUUUUUUGCCAUCUUCUUGUCCGGGUGUAAGGCAGAUGAUCUAGUCAAUAUAGCCACUGCUGAAACUUCUCCCCUCUCUGUCGAAUCUAAAACCGACAUUGGUGUGGAUGUGUUUGGAAUUAUCCGCAAUAUUCCAGAGGAACUCGUAACUGCGUGCCCAGGUUCCGAUAUAUCACCGAUCGACAUAUUCUUAGGCACCUAUCUGCACGGAAAAGAUACUACCGUAUACAUCCAAGGAUCGCAACCUCCGACCUCCAAUGCUCCUAGCUGGCUGCAAGAAUUUCUUCAAAGCAUCACCCUCCCAGUCCCCUUUCCCGGGCACAGUUUCGAUAGCCUUGUGAAAUCGUUCAGCUUGUCCCAUGUUAAAUUUCAGCUUCCCUCUCCAGAUGCCCCAGCAGGAACACCGGAGGCAUCACUACGACUGAGCGCGGACGUGCUUGCUACAGUUCGCCUACCUCGAAGUAUGAACUUUCCAUUAGACGUCAGUCGCUUAAAGGCUACCGCAGACGUAUUUUAUGAAGGCCAAAAAUUCGGAACCCUGCAUUUUCCAAAAUGGAUCCCAGCAAGUUCCACUGCUUCAGGUGGGUCAACGUACCUUUAUGUUCGGGCCGAAGUUCGCGAUUCCCUGCUGGACAUCGAGGAUUACGAUAUCUUUGAUAAAAUCGUUCAGAAACUUCUCUCUGGCGACGGAAAACCGAUAUUUCUCAGCAUUGAUGGAUCCACUGAUGUAGGAAUCGAAACCGACCUUGGGAACUUCGUUGUCAGGGAUAUCCCAGCCUCGGGAAAUAUAAAGAUUGAUGGACUCCGGGCCACCCAUAUCCCAUUACCAAAAAUUAGCGAGCUACUCAUUACCGAUACAACGACCCAGUCUUUCACACUUGGAAUUGAUCUAAGUCUUGAAAAUCCAACUCCUUGGGAGGCUGUCGUUCCUCACAUGAAUGUUCACAUCACGCACGAUGGCUUUGUAUUAGGGAAUGCCACUUUAGUUAAUGGGCAUCUGACAACGGGAACAAACUUUCUCUAUAUCGGUACGACCUGGGAUCCUCGGGCUCAUGGAGGUCACGAGGCUGAGGACGCGGGUAAACGCCUCGCUGGUGAGUACAUAUCUGGUAUGUGCCUUAGAUUUAUUCUCUUGCAUCCCCUCAAACUUAACAAAAAUGAUAGGCUACAACACCACAAUUACUAUCUGCCCACACGCCAAUAGCAUACCCUCCAUGCCACUACUAUCCAAGCUUCUCUCAAACUUCAAUGUGACCAUUCCAACCCCACGUCUCCCAAUGCCCGGAAAGAGUGGGCCAUCCGAUUCCGCUCCAAACUUUAUUGAGUCCGCAACAGUAAGCAUAUCUGGCCCCCAGAUACCAGCACUAGCCUAUCCCGGAGAAGUACUUAUAAAUUAUUAUUCUUUCCAACUCCAGAUUCAUUUGAUAUCAUCGACAGCCGAUUUUCUCCUCAACAAUCCUCUCCGCAAAGACAAGGUUAUGAUAGAAGCAAUCAACGGUACCGCAAAAUAUAAGGGCAAUGAAUUAGGGAAAAUUGAGUCUUCAAAACCAUUUGCCAUCAGGCCAGCCGCGGAGGGAAGGACAACCACACCCAGGAUUCCUGUGCGUUGGAAGCUUGGGGGCGUGGGGUAUGAAGCAAUGAGGAAAGCGUUGGGUGGAAGAUUGGCUGUUCACGCCGAGGCAUCAUGUUUGGUGCGCGUCGGCAAGCUGCAGAUGGAGGUACUCUACAAUUCGACUAAUCCUAUAGGAGCAAACAUUCAUUUGAGAUAAUUUUGCCUUCUAUGUAUGAUUUGCUUUCUCCCCCUUUCGCGUUCUUUAUAUGUGGGCCUGGUUUGUUGGCCUUUGAUAGUCUUUGUCUUUACGGCUCACAAAAUGAAUACAACUCACAGCUUG